CAUUCAUUGCGGCAUGGCAUGCAUCCGAACGAACGAACGAACAGCCCAACAAGCAGAGAGACAGAGACCUCCUUGCUGUUGCCCAUCAUUCUUCGGAAUCCUUGCGCUGAUAUGUGGACGAGACGAGACACAGCCGAGCGAAUACAUAAAAAAUGUAUGUAGCAGCCAGCGAUCGACUGAUUGAUUCAUCGCCACAUCACCCACGGCCAUGAAUGGAGAUGCAUUGCACGACGCAUCGGCUCAUGUGGGGCGAGUCGGCUCACAGCGACUAUGUGGCUCUGCCGCCGAGGCUUUCCUGAGAGCCGCAGGCAGGUGCACAUGCUGUCGCUGCAGCCAUGCCCGGCUAAUAAUGAAGUCGUGUGAGACACGAUAGGUAUAGAUAGCACUUAGAGAGACAGCCACAGGCCACACGGGUCUGUCUGCAUCUGGCUUAACGCCACAAGAAGCUCACGCACUUGAUGUACCACUUAGCACACCCUUCCCACAGAUAUGCACACGCACACAGAUCAUCUCAUGAUGCACACAGCACAGACACCCAAAGUCGCAUCGCUGUCCAUCCGUCCAUCCGUCCAUCCAUCCAUCCAUCCAUCCAUCCGUCGACACGCAAAGCUAGCCAAGAAUGAAUGAAUGAAUGCAGCCAAAAUCUUCGCUCCUCAGAAGUGCACAUAGACAGACAGACAGACAGGUACUCGAUUGACAGAACAAUGCCUCUCUGGUCCCGUGUUCCAUCUCCUCCCUGUCUCUGGCGACAGGCCUCCUCACUGGUCGGCGCGCAUCACACCUGCUCAUCAUCCGUCAUAAUCAUGAUCUGGCUCUGGGCAAUGUCCUGACGUCGACGCGCAUGGAUGCCCGCCACUCGUCUAGUGGCGGCACGGUGACUUUGGACGAGGCGGCGGCGUUCUCGACACACAGAAAGUCGUCAAACCCCAUGCUCUCGUCGCCGUACGGCGACCACAAGACGACAUCCUCAAAGCCCGUGGGACUCUUGACGCUCAGCAUCCUGCACACACACACACACACACACGUGCGUUACGCAUCUUUUCUCUCAUUCCUCGAUUGGCGUGCAGCGCGUGCUGUGCGAUGUGUGUGUGUGUGUACCUUACCUGUUGUAUCCGGUGUCCUUGAUGACCACCUCGCCGGGCAGGUUGCAGUACAUCUUGUCGGUGGGCUCGGUGAUCCGCAGCACGUACUCGUCCUCCGUCCCCUCCACAUGGGGACUCUGCUGACGGUCGAUCACACGCGCCCCCUUGAACGCACCCACCACCUCCACAUUCGCCAGCGAAGACACGUUCCAGUACGAGUGAAGCGCAGCAGUGAACUCCAUGUGGGCCGUGUGGUCGAGGUUCCUCACACGCAGGUCGGUCGACAGAGCCACGUCACGCAGCGUGACAGUGUACUCGAGAGAGAACGACUUGUCCCAGAUCUUGCGGGUCUCGUCGUUGUCUGUCAGCUCCAGCGUCACGUACGCAUUGCGAGUGAACUCGUCAGACAGCUCCUUGAUGCGCCACUCCAUGUUGCGUGCAAAGCCGUGCUGCGGCAGCUCGCCGGGGCCGAACUGGGGAAAGCAAUGAGGAAUGCCACCUGCACAGAAACAAACAGGUGAGCACAGCACACCAGCAUCUCGCCCCCCGCUUCUCUGGUGAUGGAUGGCCGUGGUCACCUGAGAUGGCCUUUGAGCCAUCCAUCUUUGCAUCCUUCCUGACGGCGAUAACCUCCUCGCCAUCAAACGUCCUGAAGCUCGUCAGCGUCGCACCAAAUGGGUAGACGGUUGCCUCAGAGCCACUGGGAUGCUUCAGCAGUACCCUUUUGAGAGCCUGGUCAUCAAGCACUUCCACCGAUGAGAGCGCGGCUUUCGGCACCCAUCUCCUGCGGCCGCCGACGUAGUCGCUGCCCUUCUUGCCGAAUGGGCCACGGAGAAACGAAGGGAUCUGGAAGCCGACGCAUGAAUGAAAGGCUGAUGCGAUGAGCUGCAUGGCCAGCAGCAAGAUGAGUGGCGUGCCGCGCGUCAUGAUGGUCUUCAGAUCUUCAACUGUCCCAGCGCAUGGACACCAACGGACAAUCUUCGCGACAAUCUUACCAUUCUUCAU